AUGUCGCCAACAUCGCCUCCAGAGAGACAAUGGUGGAAAGAAGCAGUAGUCUACCAGAUCUACCCAGCCAGCUUCCUCGAUUCAGAUGGCGACGGACUUGGUGACCUUCGGGGCAUUAUUUCCAAGCUUGACUACAUCCAUUCAGUCGGAGCCACCGCCAUCUGGCUAUCCCCCAUCUACAAGAGCCCUCAAUAUGAUAUGGGCUAUGAUGUCUCAGACUACCGUGACAUCCACCGCCCCUACGGGACUAUUGAAGACGUUGAAACCCUGAUCAACGGCUGCCACGAGAGGGGCAUCAAAAUACUGCUAGAUCUUGUGGUCAAUCACACUAGCCAUGAGCAUGAAUGGUUCCAAGAAUCCCGUUCAUCGAGAGAUUCUUCAAAGAGGGACUGGUAUUUCUGGCGUGAUCCAAAGUUCGAUGCAAAUGGGAACCGCCAGCCACCCAAUAACUGGGCUUCCAUCUUUGGAGGGAGCGCCUGGACGUUCGAUGAACCGACCGGUCAAUAUUAUCUAUCCCUAUUCCUACCUGAGCAGCCCGACCUGAACUGGGCCAGCGACGAUAUGCGCCAGGCGACCUACGACGACAUGAAGUUCUGGCUCAAGAAGGGCGUUGACGGCUUUCGUAUCGACUCAAUGAACCUCAUGUCCAAACAUCCAGAUCUCCCAGACGCGCCUAUCACGCGCCCUGGUGAUGAGUUCCAGCCGGGAGAUAAAUACUUUGCCAGCGGCCCACGUAUGCACGAAUACAUUCGGGAGAUGCGAGAGGAGGUCCUGGACAAGUAUGACUGCAUGACCGUCGGAGAACUAGGUUUCACAAAGGAUGAGGCAAGCGUUGCGAGCUAUGUUGCCAAGGAGCGGCAUGAGCUGAAUAUGUUAUUCACAGGCGACAUCGUGGAUAUGGACUUUGGACUCAACCACAAAUAUGAGAGAGAUGAUUUCAGACUUUCCAAACUCAAGAUCAUCACAGACCGCUGGCAAGGAGCCAUGCCCAGGUUCGAUGGCUGGAACUCAGUAUACAUGGACAACCACGACUCCGGCCGCUCUUUAUCGCGCUAUGGAUCAGACCUUCCAGAGUACAGAAAAGACGCAGCCAAGAUGUUGGCUAUCUAUCUCGGGACACUGAGUGGUACUCUAUUCCUAUUACAGGGGCAGGAGAUCGGCAUGGCGAAUGUGCCAGAAUCCUGGAAGAUCGAAGACUAUAUCGACGUCGAAGGUCUCAACUACUACAAUAGCGAGCUGAAAAGGAGAGGCCCCGGGGCUGAUAUGUCAGAUGUCAUGCGCGAGAUGAGGCUGAAGGCGCGAGAUAACGGGAGACUACCGAUGCAAUGGAAUACAGAAAGGAAUGCAGGGUUUACAUCGGGAGACAAGCCUUGGAUUCGUACCAAUGAUGACUUCGAAGAGUGGAAUGUCAAACAGCAGGAGCACGACCAGGAUAGUGUGUUGAACUUUUGGCGGCAGGUUCUGGAAGUGCGCGAGAAGGAGAAGGAUAUCUUUGUUUACGGGCGGUUCUUUAUUCUGCCAGAGUACAAGGAUAGCGAGGAUAUCUUUGCGUACACCAUGACAAGCUACGACGGCAGGUCGGCUGUUGUAUUGCUGAACUUCUCUGAAAAGGAGCAGCAGGUUUGCGUCGAGGGUUUUACAGGUGGGAAGAGGCUGCUUGGGAACAACGCUGAGGUUUUUACCCAAGAAGGUGUGGCACUAAGGCCCUAUGAAGGUGAUACAUGGCAGUUCUGCGACUACGUCGAAAACGCAGUCGAUAUUACAGACCCAUCGAAGCUUCCGGGCUCUGAAGGCGUGGGAUUGGCCAGAGCACUGAAGGGAUAUGCGCGCUGGACAAAGGAGGUAUGGAUACCAGGACGAUGCGAGAAACAAGGCCUAUGGAAAGGAACAAAUAACACGGGCUGCUUCAACUUUGGUGACGCCGACAGCUUGAUCUACGGCACCAAGAAACUAGACGAUAAAGGUAUUGCCGACAUAGUACAAUUUCAGUGGCUCUUCUGCAACAAGCCCGAAGAGUAUUGGCAGACAGGAUCACCAGAGGGAACGCCGACGUUGGUCUCGCGCUUGGUGAACAGAGACUACUUCAGGAAGACAUGUGCCCGUUCCUUCCUACCUGGUCCAAAUGGAGAGUCCUAUGGAUUGGCCAAAGGAAAGACGGCGGAAUCUUGGAAUGCUCGCUAUGGAGGUUGGAGUGACCCAUCGCAACAUAUAAACAGGACUGUCUUGGUGAACGGUCAAUUUGAUCCUUAG